GGGGAGAAAUAGACAAGGGAGAAGAAGAGAGGAGAGAGGGAAGAGGGCCACUUAUGUUACCUUUUUUUAUGAUGCACGCAUCCGUGGCAGAACAGAGAGAGAGAGAGAGAGGAGGGUACACAGUACUACUGCUGCAGAAGCGCAAGAGAGAGGGAGGGAGGGAAGGCCCAAGGGGGGAUUCAUACUUCACAGUAGCACCGGCCCCUAAAGCCUAGGGACUAGAGAUUACACAGUAGCCACAUAAAAAGAGAGCCACAGAGAAGAAGAAGAAGAAGAAAGGGUAGUGUUGUUGUUGUUGUACAGAGUUUUUGAGGUGCAGAUAUGGAGCUGAAAUGGUGAUAUGGGUGAGUUUGCUAGGGAGAGGGACUGGUGGUGUUUUCUCCUCAGGGAUAAGCCAUUGAAGAAGAGCUCCUUUUUGUUCAAAUCUUAGGGGGGAUUUUUUUUUUUUUUUUUUCUGGGUUUCAUUUCCAAGAUGAUAGGAAUGCAAUAUAACUUGCAAGGGAAAGGUGUUGUUAGCGAGGUUGGUCGGUUUGGGUCUUCGAUUUCUGCAUCUUCUUCUGUGCCUCAAGAUGCCAAGUUGAAGAGAGAUGGAAGCUUUGGGAGCAAUGAACCCAUUUCUGUGCUGGACAAGAGGAGGAGCCCAAGCCCUUCCACUUCCACAUCCGCUUCCUCUUCCUCUUUUGGCGGCACGGCGGUGAAGGACGCCGCCGCUCCGGCCGCCGUGGGCGACGGGCCGAAGGAGGAGUGGGUGGUGGGGGAAUUGCAGCCUCUUGUUCCUUUUGAAAAAUUUGGUCUUGGAUUGGAAGAUUGGGAGUGUUUCUUGUCUGAAUCUGGGGGUGGGGGUUCCGACCAGUCUAUUCUCCGGUGGGUUUCCGGCGCGGAGUUUGAGGAUCCCUCAUUCAGCUUCAAGCAUCAUGAGAUCCAGGGCAAUGCGGGUUUGGGUGAUGCUGAUCAAACUACUACUGGAUUUGGUGCCCUAAUUGCUUCAGAUAAUUAUGUGAGUUCUUCUGUUAUUCCCAUUUCUGGUUCUCCCUUUUCUUUCAAUUCCAACAUUGGGAAAUUUGGUUCUAAUUCUCAAGACUCCAAUCUUAAUUUUACACCUAACAAUCUGGUGCCUGUAAUUCCUGGCUUGAGUUUUCAAGAACCUGUAGUAAACCAAACCCAGAAUCCCACAAACAGAAAUGUGUUUGUCUCACAAUCCUAUAGCAUUCUUCAAGAACAACUGCCCCCUCCUGCAAAGCGCCAGAAUUUGGAAAUCUCGUCGAAUUCUCAGCUACCCGAAAUUCCUUUAGUUGGUAUGAGUCAUGGGUUGUUGCUUGGGAAACAACAAGAUUUUGCCCAACAGGGAAUGAUGGGCUCGGGGCAGAAGCCAUUGCUGGUGCCCAAGCAAGAAGAGAUGGGUAAUACCAAUUUGAUGAUGCCAAACCACCAGCACCAGCAACAACAGGUUGUGUAUGACCAGAUUUAUAAGGCGGCAGAGUUGAUUCUGACCGGGCAAUUCUCACACGCGCAAAUGAUAUUGGCGCGGCUCAAUCACCAGCUCUCUCCUGUUGGAAAAUCGUUGCAGAGGGCUGCUUCUUAUUUCAAGGAGGCUUUAAUGUUGCCUCUCCUUAUGCCCGGGUCUUCCGUCUCUCUGCCUUCGAGGGUUCCCUCGCCGGUUGAUUUUGUGUUCAAGAUGGGCGCUUAUAAGGUCUUUUCUGAAGCGUCCCCGAUCCUCCAAUUCAUGAACUUUACAUCCAACCAGGCACUCCUCGAAGCCCUUGGCGAUGCAGAAUAUGUUCACAUCUUCGAUUUCGAUAUUGGAUUUGGUGCCCAAUGGUCCUCUUUCAUGCAAGAGCUUCCUAAAAGGAACAACGGAGGACUCAAGAUAACAGCCUUUGCUUCUCCUUCAACUCACCAUCCCCUUGAAAUCAGCCUUAUGCACGAGAGUUUGACGCAGUUUGCCAACGAUGUUGGUGUCAAAUUCGAGCUCGAGGUCGUAAACUUGGAUACAUUUGAUCCCAGUUCUUAUCAGUUGUCCUCUUUCCGACCAUCCGGGAGCGAGGUAGUCGCUGUGAAUUUCCCCAUUUGGUCCCUUUCAAACCAUCUCUCCGCUCUUCCUUCACUGCUUCAUUACAUAAAGCAGCUCUCGCCAAAAAUCGUAGUUUCACUGGAACGAGGAUGCGAACGAACUGAACUUCCUUUCGCUCACCACAUUCUCAAUGCCCUAAAAUACUACGAGGUCCUCUUCGAGAGUAUGGGUGCUGCAAAGGUGACUCCCGACAUGGCAAACAAGAUGGAGAGGUUCCUCUUCCAGCCUAGCAUCGAGAGCAUCGUGCAAGGGCGCCUCUGUUUCCCCGAUCAAAUGCCCCCAUGGAGAACCCUGUUUACUUCAGCUGGCUUUCUACCCGUGGCAUUCAGUAAUUUCACCGAAACUCAAGCCGAGUGCAUCAUGAAGCGAAAUCAAGUUCGAGGGUUUCACGUGGAGAAGAGGCAGGCAUCGCUCGUGCUGUGCUGGCAACGCCGAGAGUUGUUGACCGCCAUGGCUUGGAGGUGUUGAUCGAUGUAGCUUCGUUUCGUCAAAGCUGGAAACAGCGGUUUAACUAAAUAUGUUGUUUCAUAGCAAUUAAUAAAAUCUUAAAACUCGUUGCAUCUCUGAGUGCUGCUGUGAUGUUUCUAGUUUGCUACUAUCUAAGUAGUAUUUUGACCGUAGACAGAUAUUCUUGUCGAAAACUGAAUGUUUUCCUUGUGGCAUGAGCUAUUUGGACAUCUUUGUUAUGUACUAUUAUUGCCUAGUAUUAGUUGUAACAAGUUGCUGCUAUAACUUUGC